AUGAGCUCCGAUCGUCCGCCGCCCGCGCCGAAUGAGACGUCAGAUUCAACUCAACGGCUGUUAGACGACGCGGCUCCAAUUGGACUGGAACGACGUCGUUCCUCAUCGAUUGGAGGUCCCUUCUCGACUCCGUCUACUUCAACAUCAUCGGCUGGAGUUACUCCAGUUAGUCCUGUACCUACUGAACAGCCUUUUGUAAGUUUUUUUGAGAGUCCAUUGGUUUUUAGGUGCUUGUGAUAAGGUAAUUGAUAGUAAGAUUAUAGGUAGGAGUAGAAGUAGGGCAAGAGCUAAGUCUAGGGCCAAGGCUUUAUGCUAGGGCUUAGGCUAAAGCUUAGGCUAGGGCUUAGGCUAGGGCUUAAGCUAGAGCUUAGGCUAGGGCUUAGGCUAGGGCUUAGGCCAGGGCUUAGGCGGCUUAGGCUAGCGUUUAGGCUAGGGCUUAAGCUAGGGCUUAGGCUAGGGCCUAAGUUAGGGUUGAGGGCUAGAUGUUAGUAGGGCAGUGGUUUUUAAGCUUAUAUUAAUGACUUAAUACCUACAUUUCACUUUCCAGACCAGUAACUUCGCCUCAUCCGGAAUAAUCAACAACUCCAAGCCAGUAUCUACCAUGCCCGGCAUUACAGAGCCGAUCAGUCAAGUCUCCCUCAACGAAUUCGUGGUUGUAAAUGGAGGUCCAGCAGCCAAUAAUAUCUUCCCAGCGACUGCAAUAUCGACCGAAAGUGUGAAUACCACGAAUGGUGAAUAUGUACAUCCACCUCCUGUCUAUGUUCAAAGUGAGGUUGAUUUGAGAUCGACACAGAUUUCACUUGGAAUUGGCCAGAACUAUGUUCAAUCUGAUCCUCAACUCACUGAACCUAUAUUGUUCUUUGAUGGACCUCAAGCGCCAACGGAUUCGCAACAGACAGUACAGGAGGAGAAGAUUCAGGAUCCGAAAGCGAGGUAAGAUACAAAACUCUACUCGACCCUACACUGAAAUGUCCUGACCUGCCAUGCCUUGUUCUGCUAUACACUACAAUAUCCUGCCUUGCGUUGCCUUGCCUUACUUUGCCCUGCCUUUUGCCUUGCUUUGCCUUGUCUUGCCCUGACCUGUCUUACCUUAUCUUGUCUUGCUUUGCUUUUACAGUACUUACUCUACCCUAUUCUACUCUGUCUCGCCUUGUCAUGCCCUUGCCUUGCAGUACGAGCUCUACCCUACUCUCUUCUAGCCUUCCUUGUCCUGCUUUUCCUUGUCAUGCCCUACCCUGUCAUGCCUUACCCCGCACAAUAAACUCCUCAUUUUCAGCCGAGUCCGCAAUCAAAGUGAGCUCGAAAUCAACGCCCAACACUACCGUAUGCAGAAGCAAUACAAAACCAAACGGAGUCGAAAUCUCACGGAUAUUGACUUCGAAGGUAUCCUCAAAAUCAUCGGCGGUUGUAACAUGUGGCAGAUCAUCAUCUACAUCAUGAUCUCAGCCCACCAAGUGCCCCACGCUAUGUUUAACUUGUCGGUCGUUUACUUGACUUAUCAACCGGAUCAUUGGUGUAAAAUCCCGUCCUUUUCCAAGGCCUACAUUGAUGCGCAUCAAAACGAAAUUGGGCCCGGCUGGACGUGGGAGAAGGCGCUUGAUAGUGGGAUUGCGUUCCCAAGAGUCAGCAAUCGACAGAGGAGGGGGAAGAUCUGGCAUGAUCAAUGUAAUUACUAUAGACUACCACCUUCAGAGUACCGAAAGUACUUGAGAAUGGACUUUGAAUCGGCUAGAAAGCUGGCAGCCAGUCGGAACCGGACUUUGAAGAUAGAUAGGUGUAAAGUAAGUUAUUUGAUACUUACUAAUGUACCCCUACCGUACCAUACCCUACCCUAAUAUGUAUUAUACACCUUCAAAUCUUUCAGAAUUGGGACUACGAUAAGUCAGUAAUGAAGGAUACGGUGGUAAUGCAAUGGGAUCGUGUUUGUGACGAUAACUGGAGUCGUGCUCACGUUCAUCUCUCCUAUUCGUUAGGAUACCUUGUUGGUUGUAUUGCUGGAGGCUUCGUAUCGGAUAGAUACGGAAGGAAGAGUGCCAUCUAUGGGUUCAGCGUCCUAUCCACAAUAUUUGGCUUCUUGUUGCCGUUCAGUCGAGAAUUCGAAGUGUUUUUGGUUGUUCGUUUUCUACUGGCUGUUUGGUGAGUUUUUGGAGAGUUGUAAUGAUGUAGAGCACCUUAGAUAGAUAAAUAUCAUUCAUAAAGGACUUAGCUACAACAAUAUCACAAAAAGUAUUGUUAGAUUGUUGUAGCUUGGCUUAUAUGACCAUAAAAAAGUCCACAAUGUCAUUUUUAAGGGGUUUGUCAUCAUUUUUUUGAACUUUGUCAUCGUCUUCUAUUCCAAUUUCAUUCCAGUAAAGAAGCCGCCGAUCUUGCCGCCUACGUUAUGUGUAUGGAGAUCACGGGUGUCAAGUACAGAUCGAUCGUCGGGUCUUUACUUCAAGCUCCAUGGGCCUGUGGUUACGCAUUCUUGGCUCUAGUAGCAUAUAUUUGCAAAUCGUGGAGCGGAAUACAGGUAAAAGAUUAGUUUUUUCAGCAUUUUAGGCUUGAAAGGAUGAUUCUUUUUUAAUUUUGGGCUUUCUGGGUCUUGUAAUUGACUGUUUUGUAACAUAACAUGUGAUCAAAGUAGACUCUGAUUAUGUAAACGUCGUCAAAAAACAUAUUAGGUUGUUCACAAAAAUAUGAGCCCUCUAUUCUCCAAAAUUUGCUUUGAGAUAGGGCACAUAAUUAUUUGAACAACCUCAUAGUUUUUGUGUCAACCACAGCCAAAUCCACCUACAACAAUAUAACCCAAAUUGCUUUCAGAUGGUAACCACAGUCCUCCACUUCCUAGCUCUCUUUCUCAUCCAUCACUUGCCAGAAAGUCCACGAUGGUUAAUUGUCAUGAAUCGUGUGGAUGAAGCCGAGAAAAUCAUUCGAAAAGCAUGUCAUUUGAAUAACAGUAGCCUCCCAUCUGAUCUAGAGCUGGUUCGUCAUGCCGAAAUGAGAAAGUGGACCAAAACCAUGCAAAGACCGCAUUUUUGGCACACCUUCAAAUCGCAAGCGAUGACGUUCCGUAACCUUAUCAUCUUCAUCGUAUGGAUCGCUACGGCCCUCGUGUAUUAUGGUAUUGUCAUCGCUUUAUCUGAUCAGGUAGGUUGACAUUUUUUGAUAAUAACCAUGAUUAGUGCCAUUUAAGACCAUUGCUUAAUAUCGAAAAUCAUUCUUGGUGUCCUUAACACCAUCGUUAUCAUCUUAAAACGCUUGUUUCAUCACCAAAACCUUGCAAGUCCCAAUAUUCUCCAUCAAAAUUAUAUUACACUAGCCGUUUUUCAGAGUUCUCCGGGUAGAUCAAUGUUUGUUGGUAAUUUCUUCCUCAACAACGCAAUUGCUGGUGCUAUUGAACUGCCAACCUUGUUAGCAUGUGUAUAUCUCUUGCAAUUUGGACGAAAACGGUCACAAGUUAUCACAUUAAUCAGUGCGGGUACUCUCAUUUUCAUCGCCAUGUGUGCCAGUUUAAAAGAGGAAAUGACUGUAAGUUUGCUUCUUCUUGAUUCUUUAGUGUUUUAGGUAUUAUUUUAAGCUCAUAUUUAGUCAGGAACUUUAUUUUCAUGGGUAGACAUUUAGUUUUAGAAAAAUAUUGUACAUGAUCGGUUGAGGUUGUUCAUAAAAUGAAGCUUUUUCUAUAAUAUUUGGCACCCAAAUUUGGCCGAACUGUUUCAUAAUCUUCAAAAGUCCAUAUUCCAACUUUGAAAUGUCAUAUCAAACCUAAAAUCAGCAAAUAAAACCACUCACAACCUCAUUUUAGUUCUCCUUAAUCUUCAUGUUGGCUGGCAAAGCCUGCAUUCAAGGUGCCUUCAAUAUUCUCUACAUUUUCACCUCCGAGCUAUAUCCCACAGUAAUUCGAAACAGCGCUGUUGGUAUGUGCUCGAUGGUGGCGCGUAUCGGUGCUGGAGCUUCGGGUUACAUUGCCAUUUUGUCGGAUGUUACACUGCCGGUGGUGCCGAUGGGUAUUUUCUGUAUUUUCUCACUGUUUGCUGGUGUUUUGAUCUACUUUUUGCCAGAAACUAGAGAUCUACCUCUUCCCGACACCAUGUGGGUAAGUAUUUGUCCAGAUUUGAUGAGAUUUUAGGGAGAUACAGCAAAUUUUGUGAAGUUAACGUUAGGGUCGAAUGGAUAAUAUCGUUUUGAUCGAAAUGCUUGAAAUAUUGACAAAACUUUGAUUGCAGAAGACUUAAUGGUUCAUGAUCCAUCUAAUAAUAUAAUUCCGUAUUUUACCUGAAUUUCCAAACAAAAAUUAGAAAAACUAAAUUUAUAUUAUUCAUGACCAUUUGAACCCGCGUGUCACUUUCACCGCAAAGAUCUUUCAAAACCCGAAAAAUUUUGUUAACAAAAUCUUUAUCAGUUCAUAAAGCAUGCAUUCAUUGACCUUUAACCUAAAUUUUAAACCAAAAUUCAGAAAAGUUGACUAAUUUUAUAUUAUACAUGACGCGUCGAUCCAUGUGCCAUUUUACCUGCAGAACUUGAUAAAUUGGCAUGCCUUGCCUCACAAAAGUUCUAGCAGGUGACCAAGCAUCUAUUCAUUAACCUUUUACCUAAAUUUUCAAACAAAAUUUAAAAAAACCCACCAAUUUUAUAUUAUCCGUGACCAAAACCAAUUAUACUGCUUUCAGGAUGCCGUUACGAUGCUAAAGAACAAUAAUUCAUACAAAUGUACGGGUGGAAUCCGUCGGGCGUCGGUAAUUGAGGAGGAAGACGAAGGUGAUGACGAGUAUAAACAAUCGCCGACUUCCAAGGAAGCUCCUGCCAAUGAUAUUAUCCAGCCUGAAAAAGGGAAAUAA